AUGAGUACUCUCUCUCAACAGCAAUCACCUGCUACAACGCAACCAUGCUUAUCCGUUUUUUCUUCACGAACAAGUGAAGAAGGAUUUCACUCAGGAUCGUCCCAAGAUGAAACUUCCUCGAACAAUGAUGUUGACCGAUUGGCCUUUGAACUUAAUAAUUUCGGCGUAUCCCAGAAAAGACUCGCAUACGGACAACAAAAGUGCAACUCUGACAGUGGAGCUUCCAGUGCUGAGCUCGAACAGAACACAAUGAAGGAGGAAUCAGCGGGUCGUGACGCUUCUUCUACAACAGCGCCCACUGCCGCUAAACCCAAAAUGCCUGGGUCUUGGUACUAUGAAGAAGGCAUGUUCCGAGGCGAAGACUCAUCUUCACCUUCCAGUGAGGCUGAUGAGUUAUAUUUAGCACAGCUAUUAUGUGCCGCCCGCAAUAUCUCAGAAAAUGUGGAAGUGCCAAGUAGUGAACAUGUAGCAGAGAUUGUUGGUAGACAAGGUUGCAAAAUCAAAGCUCUCAGAGCUAAGACUAAUACAUAUAUAAAAACACCGGUACGAGGAGAAGAGCCUGUAUUCGUAGUAACUGGGAAGCCAGAAGACGUGAUGGAAGCAAAAAGAGAAAUCGAAUGUGCUGCAGAACACUUCACUCAGAUCAGAGCCAGUCGACGUCACUCUCAGGGAGGAGCUCCUGCUCCGGGGCAUGUCACCGCCUAUGUUCGUGUGCCACUUCGGGUUGUUGGUUUGGUUGUUGGUCCUAAGGGGGCUACGAUUAAGCGAAUUCAACAAGACACUCACACCUACAUCAUUACACCUAGCAGAGAAAGAGAACCAAUUUUUGAAGUCACGGGCUUACCUCAAAAUGUAGAAGCUGCCAGGAAAGAAAUCGAGCAGCAUAUUUACCAGAGAACUGGAAAUAUGCCUAUUACUGAUCCGUCUGCGCCAAUCAGCCAAUACACCACUGAAUUCAACAGUUCUGGUUCUUUAUCAACUGCUGCUAACGCCACAACUCGUUCCUCAUAUGGGAGCUUAGCAACCGCACCUCCUGCUCCUGGAAAUGCUCCACGUAGACCUAAUACAUUUGAAGGCUUUGGAGAAUUCCAACAACGUCCAUCGCCAUUGACCGAGUCAUAUCAAUUUAAUGGAUUGAGCAAUAUUAUGCGUGGAGGAUAUCCUAACUCUAAAGUGUAUUCAUGCAGCUCACCAACACCAUCUUUGUUCAACCAAUGGUCUCAAAAUAGUAAUAACAUGCCAUUCCAACCUUGGUCAACAAACACCUAUUCCGGAUUGGGUAUCAGCGAGCAAAACCAAGAUAUGUUCUACGAUCGCUCGAAUAUUUUAAAUGGUGCUUCUGCAUGGUCAUCUGCCUUCAGUUCUGUCUCCUGCAGUCUGAAUGAACAUAGAGAUGAAGGUUUAGGAGAUUCUCCUGCCAGCGGCAAUGAAAAUCCGUAUCGCCUGAUGUCAUCUAUUUGGGCUGAUAUAGAACCUCGCGACGAAAACAAGCAGGUGGUUCCUGCGGUUCUCACUGCAUAA